AUGGAGGUCAGCAACGUUUACUGGGAUCUCGCCGCCAAAAUCGCCUCCUACAGUGAUGUAGACGAGGCACUGUCGCUCGUGCUUGUUCACGUUGCACAUUCCUUGCCUAUACCUACGCUAGGCCCACAAGGUUCUGGUGCCAACGCUCGUUUAUCAGCCGAAUUUGGCCGUACCUAUCACGGUACUGCGCCAGACCGCUUCCUCCAGUUAAUCACUGAAGAGGAUCAGAAGUACAGCAAGGGUUAUCAAUAUAGCUGCAAUCUCCCUUACCACCGAGUGCACUUACCAUCUUCUCAGUCAAGCGGCACCGGCAAGUCGCGCAUGGUAUACGAAUGUAGGCAUCGAACUCCUCUUCUCUAUGUCUGCAUUGGACCAACUAGCGCCGAAGGACCGGCCAAGAAAGCUUAUCCCCUUCCUGACCGUGGUGUACGUUCCUUUUUCGAAGAGGCUCAGAAGACCCACAAGGAUAAGUGUAACCUUCAGAUUGCCUGUUUCCUUGGCGCUUGGUUCUCGGAGCUUGCUCAACGCCUCGCCAACUUGCCCACUCAGCAGCAAAAACACGACUAUCUGAUGCAGCUCAACCAUCUCCAUCUAAAGGAUGGUAUCAAUGCUGAACGCACCGACUUCUUCCAAACCGUUUCCGAGCGCGCUUCUGACACCCUCAAGCGUGCCGACAGCAGCUUUGACGAAAAGUCGAAACAUAAUGAACUCUUCACCGCUCACCUCAAAUCGCCGCUUGCCGCCCUCGAACGAGAGAUGAAGUGUAUCAUAGCUCACAUGCACCCGCCCCACGACCACGGCGAAUCAUCACCCAGACCUCCUGUCAUUGUGGCCUUCGACGGGUGUGUCGAACUCAACGUCGGAUACGACCCAAACAUAAAUCAGCUCAACAGCCUUCACCGCGCAUGGAAUUGGAUCAGCAUCGAGCAAGCCAGAACCAGGACCACGACGUUCUGGCUUGUGUUGAUAAGUACCAGCAUCAGCGCGGCCAUUCUUGUCACGCGCUCUGCUCCGAGUGGGUCCUCCCGUGGCAUAGACCGAGUGCCACAGCCCAUUUUCAUCGACUUUGGUUUUGACAUGCUGCUUUCAGAGCAACCCAGCCUUUCUUGCGCCUCGCAAGCUUCUGCAGAUUCUCACAUCAUUUACUACGGACGAGCGCUGUGGAAGGCAUGCAGUCCUGAUGAUCUCUGGCUGAUGGCCAAAUUCAAGUUGACAGGUGGUGAAAACUUUCGAAUCUACGAAACCGCCCACUGCUACAGUGUCUUGGCGUCUCGUCUCGGGCUAACCCUUUCGCCGACUGAAUCGCCAGGAUCGGCACUCUUCGAAUGGCAGAAGCAAUUCGCGGGCAGUGCAGUAAAUCGCCACAUGCGCAUUGUCACACAUGUUACCAGCGAGGGUGUCAUGCACGUUGAAUCUCCAUCAGAGCCUGUGCUAGCCAUCGCUGCCUCCAAUAUCAUGCUGGCUCCCUACCUCCAGACACGUCAGAAAGCGAGAGGCUACAAGUAUGCAGACAUUCUCAAGAGAUUUCAGCAACGUUGCUUGCUCAACCCCGGGGUUCCCUUGCGCAAAAGAAUCGAACAACCCAACCCAAAGGAAUCGUCGGACACCCAACACGUGGGCGCCAGCAUCUACGCCAAGCCCGUGCCUCUCGAAAGCGUUCUUGAGAACCUUGCCGAGCUCGACGAUGCCAAUCUCGGUGCGCUGCGCCAACGCCUGGAAGACGUCUACGAUGCCGGCUCGCGCACCGAACGGCAUGCAAUUCCGUUCAGAGAUCAGUUGCAGUCGGCUUCCGCUACGCUGCCGAUAUGGAUCAACUUUACGCAUUUCGACGUGCUGCCCAAAGCGAUCAACGAGAUAACACCCGAAUUUCUGUGGUACUGUUGGAAACGUGGAGUAGCCGUGCAAAUGGUGCACGCGCAGUAUGGUAUCGAUGGCAUCAUCCCGGUUUUCGUAGGUCAUCUCGACCGGCUCUUCGUUGAUGGUUCAUCCACUGAUGCCUCUAACAUCACCCAUGAGCCCAGAGAGGCCGAAAUGCACGCUGCGCGCUACAUGACCUAUGUUGUCUGGGAGGCAAGAAGCCGAAAGGAUACACAGAGCACCACGGUCCCUGCUAGUUCAGCGCCUGUCGUUGCUGGACCGGUGAUCAAGAGCGCCUCGAUGGCACCGCCAAACGAGAAGCCACUGACCGAACAGGCUCUGCUGAGCGUGCUUCUCGACCUUGGCACAAGCACCGGAUUCAAACGUGCGCCAGACGGCUUACAACCGCAAGUGAAGCAUAUUACCGGUCAACAGUGUCCUCGGCUGUGUAUUCAGGGUGUGCUCGAUCCGCACACUUACCCCUGUCUGGACCUUUUCGAGCUCCGCCCAACCUUGGUCGAGAUUCUGUCGUCUAGCUCUGAUCCCGCACCGAACCCUCUCAACAGCAUCGAAAAGACUCUGUGGAAUGAGCACAACCAGCCCGUUUCUGAUUCCAUCUAG